AUGGCGGAAGCGGUUGUGCCCUCCACGUCGGAGGAAUGUACUGUCAAGAAAGACGGUGUGAAAGAUAAUUGUAGCAAGUGCAAGUGUGAUUAUUCAUGUAUCGGAAACAUAUUCUUCCGCAAACGAAAGAAACGCAAGGAGGAGAUCAAAAAGCAAGCCUAUCCUUAUGGUCUUAGCAAGUAUGUUGUAAUGUGUCUGGGAUGUCUUUCGAUUUGUUUAACAUCAAGUUUGUACUACAACUGGACUAUCUUCGAGGACCUGUUCAUGAGGCAGGGCGCCUUGGCGGGAUUGUGUACGGAAGAGGAACGCAAAGCAGCAAAACCCAACACUUUUAUUUGUGAUGCUCAGCGUCGUCAGAUCUCUAACCUGUAUUCCGCAAUCAUGUACACUGAUUCUUUUGUGGGUUCCAUUGGAGGUUACAUAGGAGAUCGUUUCGGUGCGUACUGCGCACUCCUCAUAGGUCAAGUUUUUGGUAUCAUCGCUUUCGUGAUGUUUUACCUGUUUACGCAGUCAACGAUCAUGUUGUAUGUAACAUUUAUGUUCUGGGGCGUGUCGGCUUCUUUCGCUCUGGCGCCGACGUGGCACUAUUCCCGUAUGUUUACGUUCGGUAACAACAUGGCUGUGAGUGUCAUCACCUCCGCCGACAACAUGAGUAUGUAUACACCAACGUUUUUUCAAAUGAUCGCGAACCGCUACAACAUCGGUUUCACUGGAGCUUCUCUGACCUACGUUUUCUGGGGAAUUUUGGUAUGCAUCGCCGUUACACUAUUCUUCAUUCCCAAGCGUUUUAUUGUUAUGGAUGAAGAAGAAGAAGAGAGUGACGAAAACUAUGAGCUUUCCGCAAUGUUUAAUGAAGGUAUGAUGAAGGCUGUGAAGAGCGCUCGUUACUGGUUGUCGGUCACCUGUUAUGUACUUCUUUGUUCCGUACGUCUCUUCUAUCGUCGGUCCUUUACGCUACUAUUCUUUGAUAAUGAAGAGGUGACUGAGUUUUUGGAAGUGAGCUCUGAUUUCUCAUUCGCAGGGAGUUUCGUGUUAGGGUAUAUGAACGAGUUCUUUGGUGUGGUGCCUAUGAUGGGGGUCACCACGCUUAUGUAUAUCGCCGCGUUAAUAGCUGUAUAUUUCCGCAAUUUCCCAUGCGCAUACACUUCAGCGUUACUGUUCGCCAUUGCGCAGGCAGGUGAUAUCCAACAACUGAUUACCUUCAUCGACGAGUACUUCCCAGAGCACGAAUCCACACUAAUGGGUCUGGCGAAUAUAGUGAACACAAUUUUUGGUCUCCUUUUGCAAUACACGUUCAACCAUGUCUUCGAUUGGUUAGGACCUCGAAUUACAGUGUUCGUGAUGAUUCUGAUUUUGGGUGGUGUUCUGGUCAUCUGCUAUAUCAUUGAGCUCGGUAUGAGUCACGAUAAUGACGAAGAGGAAGAGGAGGAAGAUAAAAAAGAAGAAAAUCAAAAGGAAUCCAUUGCUGAAAAGGAAGAAAUGGACUACAAUCCAUUGGGGCCUAAAAUUUUGCUUUAUAAUAUCUUCGGCGCCUUUCUGAGUUUCCCGUAUUUUGCGUCACUCUGUACAGCUGUGGCAAUUAAUAACAUGAAUCAGGAAGAUAAGAUUGAAGAAAGUGAAUUGGAGGAUAGGGUGGUGCGUAAAUUGGAGAAAGACCAGUUUUAUGUGUCGAUGGACAGGGUAGUGGAGCUCUGUUCGGCUGUGUUCUACACCUCUUUGAUUGUUCUGUUAGGUUGCAUUUUUGAAUUUUCUAGGCGUACUGAGUUGAUGCAAACCCACAACUGUAUUUUAUUGUUGAUGUCCAUCUUGAUCGGUUGUGCUGGUGGGACAUCGUUGCUCCUGCCGUACACUCAAAUCUUCAGCGUAAUGCCUCCAAUUGUUACGGUGGCGCUAACCGUAGUUCCACCUUUGUCCUUGGUUGUUUUUGGUUGGGUCGACAGACGCGAUGCAUUUAGCUUUACCAUCAUGUGUACAUUGGUUGGAGUUUACGGCUUUGUUUUGUUCAUGGCUGGUAACAUUAUGCUCUACAUGAAUGCAUUGAUGGGGGCCCGUUUCGGUAAGCCUGCACAUAGUUUGAUGGGAUGGAGCAACUUGGGCAUGGGUUAUUUCUACACUUUGUUGAUUAUAUACACCAUCAGGGAACUGUACACCGGUGAUUGCAACAUCGGGGGCUACAUCAUUGUCAUGGGAAUGCAAUGUGCCAUCUCCGUUUUUGCAACGUUGGUGCUCUAUCUGCACCUGAGUCAUGAGCAACAGUAUUUCUACGUGAAAUGUAAAAAUGAUGCGGAAAACAGCGAAAAGUGUCCCACCGAAGAAUCAGGUAACUGUAAACAUGAUGAUGGCUCAGCAACACACGUAGAUUAUUUUGUCAAAAAUAAUGAUGGCGGGUGUAACCAUCGACUCCUGAAGUUCCGAUCUCAAUACUCUCAAGAAUUUGAAAAGAUUCGAAACCCCGAUUACGGUCUUUUAAAAAUGGAAUAUUCGACGAAAGGAAUUCUUAAGCCGGAUCACCAUCUGUUAUUUUUAGCAAUAUCGGUGUUGAUUAGCCUGUCGGAUGCAUCUAUGGCGUUUUUGGCGCCCGGAUUAUUUGUACAUAUGACGUUGAUGACUGUUUCAGCCUAUUUUACCGUUAGACUAUUGUUCGCGUUCCUCGACGACGAGAUCGAAAAAGCGGUUAAGGACGCAGCUACUUAUUUAGGGUACAUAUGGGGAGCACUGCUGUCAAUAUGCAUUGCACUCUUUGUGCUGAAUGCGUAUCAGCUCAAAUGGCUUACAGUUGAAGAAAUACCCAAAAGCACAUAUAUCAUUUUUUGUGUUUCCUACUGUGCCCGCAUGUGGUUAAACGCUAUUGUGCAGCAUCAUAUCAUAUCACGUUUGGAGCAAUUCAAGAUGGUAAAAUGGGAAAGUAAAAGCGAACAUGCUCACAAUACGGUGAUGUACAUGAACCUUGGUCACUGUGGUGGCCUUGGUGUGCUCACCUAUCUGUGUUACCGUUACUUCACAUAA